CCCGCAGCCAGCGAGGAGUCGCUGAGCCGGGCGCAGCCGCCGCCGCCCUCAGAGCGGGACCCGAGUCCGGAGGCGGCGAUGGAAGGAGUCAGCAGCCACCGGACCCUGUCCUACAGCCGCUGGAGCUACGACAGGGAAAGGACAGCAUGUGGCUGAGGAAGACAGUGCUGAUCUGGUUGUGACAGGGAAGUAAAAUUCUGAAGUAGACCUGGAUGCCUGCUGACCAGCCUUCUGCAAAGGGAGGCACUCCCUGGCCCAUGGGAUCUCAGCAUUCAAAGCAGCACAGGAAAGCUGGGCCCCUGAAACGAGGCCACCGAAGAGAUCGGAGCUCAAGCAGGAGGAAGUACUGGAAGGAAGGAAGGGAGAUCGCUGGGCUGGGGGAAUCAAGCACCAAUGCGAAGCUGAAGAGAGUCCUGGAGACAGGGGGCGGUGAGACCGAAUCUGCCCAGGCCACAGCCGUGGCCGGGGUAUGGCCCUGGGCCUGGGGAGGGUCGCUGUUUGAGCGGAGGAUGCAGCUUUAUAAAAUGACUCCUGUCUUAGAUGAUGAGGGCAGCAACCUGAGGCAACAGAAGCUUGACCGGCAGCGGGCCCUGCUGGAGCAGAAGCAGAAGAAAAAACGCCAGGAGUCCCUGAUGGUGCAGGCCAAUCCCGAAGGGCGGCCCCGGAGCCGGCGGGCCCGGCAGUCAGAGGAGCAGGCCCCUCUGGUGGAGUCCUACCUCAGCAGCAGUGGCAGCACCAGCUACCAAGUUCAAGAGGCCGACUCACUCGCCAGUGUGCAGCUGGGAGCUGCCCGCCCAACAACACCAACCUCAGCCAAGAGAACCAAGGCAGCAGCUUCAGCAGGGGGCCAGGGUGGGGCCUCUAGGAAGGAGAAGAAGGGAAGGCACAAAGGCACCGGCGGGCCAGCAGCACCGGCAGAAGACAAGUCUGAGGCCCAAGGCCCAGUGCAGAUCCUGACUGUGGGCCAGUCGGACCACGACACAGGAGAGACAGCAGCCAGUGGGGGCGCACGGCCCAGCGGGCAGGACCUCCGUGCCACGAUGCAGAGGAAGGGAAUCUCCAGCAGCAUGAGCUUUGACGAGGAAGAGGAGGAUGAGGAUGAGAACAGCUCUAGCUCCUCCCAGCUAAACAGCAACACCCGCCCCAGCUCCGCCACUAGCAGGAAGUCCAUCAGGGAGGCAGCCUCAGCGCCCAGCCCAACAGCCCCAGAGCCGAAGGUGGGUGUUGAGGUCCAGGACCUUGAGGAAUUUGCACUCCGGCCGGCCCCCCAGGGCAUUACCAUCAAAUGCCGAAUCACCCGGGACAAGAAGGGGAUGGACCGGGGCAUGUACCCCACCUACUUCCUGCACCUGGACCGUGAGGACGGGAAGAAGGUGUUCCUCCUGGCCGGAAGGAAGAGAAAGAAGAGUAAAACGUCCAAUUACCUCAUCUCUGUGGACCCAACGGACCUGUCUCGAGGAGCAGACAGUUACAUCGGGAAACUGCGGUCCAAUCUGAUGGGCACCAAGUUCACCGUUUAUGACAAUGGAGUCAACCCUCAGAAGGCGUCAUCCUCUACUUUGGAAAGUGGGACCUUGCGCCAGGAGCUGGCAGCUGUGUGCUAUGAGACAAACGUCUUAGGCUUCAAGGGGCCUCGGAAGAUGAGUGUGAUUGUCCCUGGCAUGAACAUGGUUCAUGAGAGAGUCUCUAUCCGUCCCCGAAACGAACAUGAGACACUGCUAGCCCGAUGGCAGAAUAAGAACACAGAGAGUAUCAUCGAGCUGCAAAACAAGACCCCCGUCUGGAAUGACGACACACAGUCCUACGUACUCAACUUCCACGGGCGCGUCACACAGGCCUCUGUGAAGAACUUCCAGAUCAUCCAUGGCAAUGACCCGGACUACAUCGUCAUGCAGUUUGGCCGGGUAGCGGAGGAUGUGUUCACCAUGGAUUACAACUACCCGCUGUGUGCACUGCAGGCCUUUGCCAUUGCACUGUCCAGCUUCGACAGCAAGCUGGCCUGCGAAUAGAGGCCCCUCACACCCACUGGGGUUGGCCAGCCUGGAGUGGAGCUUGCCUGCCUGCCUGCCUGCCUGCGGAGACAGCCCUGCCUACCUUCUGUUCAUAGGCCUUCAGCGGGCUCCCUGGCCUAGCCAGCCAGGAAGUGACUCCUCUGCCUCUGAUGCUGAGGCAAGGGACUAGUGGGCAGGUGCAAAGGGACAAGAAUAAUUCCUUCUGUGCCCCAAGAUCAACACCCCCGCCCCACUCUUGGAUUAGUACCCUGCCGCAGUCAUGUUUGCCAAGCUGGGUGACCUCCUCACCUGGGAAGGCCCGAUGGGGUAUAGAGGGAGAGGACGCACAAGCAGGGCUGCCAUAGCCCAGCCAUUCACUCAUCCCAGGAGUCAGAAGACAAUGGAUGCCCCAACGGGUUGGGCACAGUGAUACAGUGAGAGUAGAGAGAAUAUGAAUGUAUAUGAAUAUGAAUAUAUGAAUACAGGGCACACCAACUUUAUGUAGCAAAGGGCUUGGUGGCCUAGCCUGACCCUUCAAACUGGAGAAAGCCCUGCAACUUCAGAAGGCCUCCCUCAGGCCUGAGGGAACUGGGGGGCGGGGCGGGGGGGAACAACAGAUGAGUGGCAGGACUUUGCUGGGAUUGCAGGGGCCUGGCUAACUGUGGCUGAGAGUUUAGCUGACUUGUUUCUCCAAGUGUGCUGUGUCUCAGGGGUGCUGGGAACCUAGCUCUCAUGGCCAAAUGUCUUAGGAUGAGGCCUGCAGGAGGUGCACCAGACUCCCCGGAGCAGGGCUGUCCUAGAGCCUUGCCUACUGGCCCAGGAGCUCUCCGCUCAGAAGCCCAGCACAACCCCUGGUAACAAAUGAGAUCGAGGUCACUAGCCCUUCCUGGCAGUGUACCAUUUGUGAGCCAUGGCAUGCUCAAGGAAGUCUCCUUUUGGGAGAGACCCAGCCUUGCGUGCUCUUUUAGCUCCCACUGCUGUCAGUCAAAGCAUGGUUGGAGAGGGCUACUUUCUGUGGUGGUUCUUUGGAGGGCAUGGAACAGGGUGAGGACAGCAUAGAAUAUUUUAGAGCUACAAGAGAUCAGAGGUGGUAGAACCCUUAGGGAUCAACUUGUCAAUUUCAGGGAAUAGGACUUGCCUUGGGUUACCCAGUUUAUGGCAGAGUUCAGAACCUCAAGUUCCCUUGAUUUUUUUGCUCCCCUAUCCCCCUAAGAAAGUAGUAUCUCCUGCUCUCUGGCCUUCUGGGCCCAUUUUGCAUGCAAUUUACCCUGACUUCAGAGACUUAAAAAUAUCACAGUUGAUGUAGAAGAUUGAAACAAUUUCAGUAGGGAAUUGGGCAGUUCCAUGCUGGAAGUAGUGUGUCUUUUUGUACAUCAGUCUGAUCAGGCUUGGCCUGUGCCUGGCCCCUCCAUGAGGGCUGCACACGGGAGCAGACCUCAGCAAGGCCGCAGCACAUUUCUGUCUAGGUGACAGGCAGCCCAACUGUUUCAGGGAUGGCCUGAUCGCUCCCUCCACUGCCACUGCUCCUUCUACUUGGAUGGCACCAUCCGCCUUGCAGGUGUGGGAACUCAAAGCUCUUGCUCGUCUGUCAUUUACCCUGUUAGAAGCUGUUAGAGGCUCCUUAGCCAGGUGGAGGUCAGAAAUCUAUGGGAAUUAAAUAGCGGUUGGACUUUGCUUUAGAUAGUAAGCUUGAAAAGGCUAAGUAGAAAUUUUUUAAAAACUGAAACUCAUACUUUAAACACGUUAGUGAGGCCCUAUAGGUGAACAAGGUGUUUUGACUUAAGUGAAAGCAGUAUGCUCUCAUUUCUUUGUAGUCUAGAUUUUCCUAUGUUGGGUGCUUAAAGCAAGACACAUCUGCUCUAGCAAGAUCUGCCCUGAGCCAUACAUCUCUGAGACAGGCCCCUCCAGUAAGCCAGCCUUUGUUAACGUGGUCUAGGACUUUCUAUGCCGGGAAUGGCUGGUGUUUUUCUUGAUGAAAGACUGUGGUGCCAUCCUCCUUGCUGUAGUCCUUUGGCCCUUCCUUCCCUGACUCUAAGAAGAGGAGACCUGCUGACAUGAGAGAUGAUGGAAACAUGAUCUCUAAAGUCUGGUCAGCUGUUUCCUGGGUCUGUGAUUUUAAGGUAGAACAAGCUGAGUCUGGAUUCUAGUGAGAGAAGUUCCUAGUGGCAGAGUAGAAAAAUCAGAAGCACAAUGGAAAACCUCUUGGGCUCUGCAAGAGGGGGAUGACUGGCUGUUAUGACAGGGUCAGAAAACGGGCUGAGCUGUCUAGCCUGGGUUCGGAGAAGGGUACCCUCAGCACAAAACCCUCUUUUGGACAUUGAGUGACAAGCAAGACCAGUUGAAUCACCUGCUUGCGACCAGGUCACAAGGUCAGCUCUUUAGACUCCACUCCUGGUGAUGCUGCUGCUUUUCCUUGACCACUGCCUUUCUGGCCACAGGUCUAUGGACUCACAAAGCUGCCAGGGCCCGGAAACCACCUGGGUUCAGCCUCUUCUACAGUAAGAGUUUUUGCUCUUCACAUCUCCUCCCCAGAUAGUCCUUGAUUGUGCAGUAAAUUAAUGAUGGGACAAUCUUUAAGGAUGCUGGGCAGCUGGGACCUUAGGCAGCUCCCCUGCAACUGCUCCUGGCUCUAUGCCCCCAAACUGUAUACACUCUGCCCCCAAGUUCCCCUGCAGAGUGAAGUUUGCAUCCCUAACUCCUUUCCAAGUCUAGCUUUUCUUUCCUGCUAGCUCCAAGGUGCUCUGUGUCCGUGUGUGUGUAUGUGUGUGUCCAUGUGUUUCUGGGGAAAAGGGCAACCUGCAAAUGAUCAAUUGAGGUUUCUUAUGACCCUAUUUCUGAGGAUGAGUAAGAAAGGAAUAAGGAGGUAGUUAUGAUCACCUGUGGAUUUGGUCCCUUCCUUUCCGGCUCUGUGAACAGGAGGAUACUUGGACAGUUAGCAGCUCUUUCUCCCAAGGUUCUGAGUGAGGGGAAACCAUCUAAGAAACAUGUUCUUUCAGGUCCCACUUGGCAUCACCUGAAGAAACUGGUGUGUCAUACGCAUACCUUUAGAUGAAUCUGAAUAUAUUCUAGUGAUGGUGCCUUAAAAAUCACAACACUAGUUCAGGGGAGGCCUAUAAAGCCCAGACCCAUGGCGAGGACAUGUGUUGGGAGCCAGGGAAUAUGUUAAAGACAGGAUAGGGAAAAACUCUUAGAGCCCACCUUCUUCAGUGACAAGUAGAGUUUUAAGAUGUAUAAGCAGUUUUUCUUUCUGGAAAUAGGACAUUUGCCUCUAAAUAAACUGACCAUUUAUUUAGAAGUAGUCCUAAACUUAACUAGCAAUAGAGGUGACUGCAGAGGAAAAGAUACAUGCUUUGCUCAGCUGGGGCCCACAGUGGGGAAAUACUGGGAUAGUCACGGCCACGGCUCUGUUGUGCAAGCACAAACCUUAUUUCUUAGAUGGAUGUCCUAGUGUUCCUUACUAAGGUAAUCCUGGAAUCUCCUUUUCCAUAACUCCCUGGCCCAACAGCAACAUUCUUAUGAGACCUCAGGAUUACAGGUGGCCAUCAGAGCUGAACAAAUGUGUUUCCUUGUGGUGCCUAGUCCUGUAACUUGCGCCAGACUGCUCUGCACCCUGGCUUGUAAGCCUGUUGCAGUCCCCAGGAACAGGCCAAGGAAUAGCCUCUUGUUUAAACAUAUGGUCCCCUGUCCUUUGUACCUCCAGUUUGCAGUUUUCUGUCAUCUGAAGAUAUGCGGGAGAGGGGCAGAAUCAUUGGGACAAACUUUGUUUUUUGCAUUUUCCAACCAGGUGGAGAGGCAAGUUGUCUUACAGAAAGUACUGCACUUAGUAGCUAUGUGAUUUUGACCACAUCUAGGUCUGUUUUAACUGCAAAAUGGCGAUGUUGGACUGUCAAAGCUUGCUGUAGGAAUCAGGGUGAAUGAAAGUUAAUUCUUGCUUUCAUCACUACAUUUUCAAGCUCAUCACUGUGCCUUCUUUCUUAGGAGACACUCCACCCCUCUCCUCUGUUCUCCUGUGCCUCCCUCCCCCUGUCAAGGUCCAGGCAGAGCUGGAAAUGAGGCUGAGGUCUAGAGUUUCCUACAGAACAAUUCAGAAUGGCUUAGAAGGGGGAGCCCAACUCUGGCCUCUUCAUUCCUGCAUUUGGGUGACAGAGGGGACUUGGUCAGGAUGGGUAAC